AAUUGCUCAUUUCCGGUUUGAAAUAUUUCCAGAAACAAGAAAGUGUGCAUUUUCAUUUAUUUUCUGUCGUCAUUUUAACUGGUUAAACGUGUCUCGUUCCAUGAAAAUCUUCAUUUAUUUUAUGUUAUUUCGUAUCGUGUCAUAGUUGUGUUUCUCGUAUAAUCAGAAAAAAGGAUUCUCGCACGUUGCUCCUCUUCGUCAUAGACAUUGGAAGGUUGGCGCGCCCGGCGUGUCGCGAGCCCGUGUUUUCCUGGUGCCAGCUUCUUCGAAGCCAGGAUCAACAAUUAAUCCCAUUCGCCAGCUCUCGUCCAUAGGGGCGUUACCAUUUUAUAUGACUUUAGCAAGAUAUACAGAGACAUCAGUACAGCGCCAGGAGAGUAGUCGGUGCGUUGCAACAAGAGGUCCGGCCGGCUGCCGUCGAGGGUGCAUGACGCUUCACACACCUAACAAUACUGCUCGCAGUAACAGGCACCGGAAACUGCUGCCGCUUCGGCAGACGUGACUGGCGCGCGUCGCGGGAGCUCUCGCCCGCAUGCCGCCUCGCUGACCGCCUGCUGACCGCCCGCUGACCGCCCGCUGACCGCCCGCACCACGCGGUUUCCACGCCACGCCACCACUCCACUACCUGAUCCAGUGUCAAGAAAAAAAUAAAAAUAUUGAACGCAUCUAUUGUAAUUAGUUAGUUUUAGUAGUUGUACCAAACGAGCCAACCAUGGGUUCCGUGAACGUGAACCGCAAUGUUGCGGACGCGUUCUACCGCUACAAGAUGCCGCGCAUCUGCGCCAAGGUCGAAGGCAAGGGGAACGGCAUCAAGACCGUCAUUGUCAACAUGCCGGAGGUCGCCAAGGCGCUUGGCAGACCCGCCACGUAUCCGACUAAGUACUUCGGCUGCGAGCUCGGUGCUCAAACGCAGUUUGAUUUCAAGAACGAACGUUUCAUUGUGAACGGGAGCCACGACUCCGCUAAGCUGCAGGACCUGCUCGAUGGGUUCAUCCGCAGGUUCGUGCUGUGCCCGGAGUGCGACAACCCCGAGACGGAGCUGAUCGUGUCCACCAAGCGGAACACCAUCUCGCAGGGCUGCAAGGCGUGCGGCUACCACGGACAGCUCGACUUCAAUCACAAGCUCAACACCUUCAUACUGAAGAAUCCGCCCGCGGCUGAUCCCAGCAUGCAGGGCUCAUCGUUAACAGAAGGGAACCGCGGCAAACGGUCCAAGCGAUCAGGACCAGGCACCGCCAACGGCAACCACGACGGAGAGGCCGCCGAAGGGAAACAGCAAGACGCCGAGCAGCCAAUAACACCAACAACGCCCAACGCGAAGAGCAGCAAGAAAGAGAAGGAGAAGGAGAAAGAGAAGCGCGAGUCGGACGACGACGACGACGGCAACUGGACAGUCGACGUCAGCGAGGCAGCCGUGCGCGCCCGCAUGCAAGAUCUGACUGAGGGCGCCAAGAGCAUGACAGUGUCGGAGGACAGCGAGAAGAACGAGAAGCAGCGCAUGGAUUUGUUCUACGCAUAUGUGAAGCGACUGGCGGACGACGGGCUCGCUAUAGGCAGCCGCGUCGGAGGAGACAUCCUGCACGAAGCUGAGAGGUUGGAAGUGAAGUCCAAAGCACCAUUGGUGAUCUUCGAGGUGCUGGUCCGCGCUAACUCCCUGGCGGCUGAUGUCAAGAAGCACCGCUCGCUGCUGCUGCGCUUCACGCGCGGAGACUCUCGUGCUCAGCGCUCCGCACUACACGCACUCACCGCGCUCUGCAGCCACCACCCCGCGCUGCUGCCCAAGGUGCCGGCGAUACUGAAACUGCUGUACGACAUGGACAUCGUGGAGGAGAAGGCGAUGCUGGAGUGGGCCAGCAAGCCCUCCAGGAAGUAUGGCAGCAAGGAACUGCUGGCGGAGCUCAGGCGACGCGCGCAGCCCUUCCUCGACUGGCUCAACGACGCGGAGGAGGACAGCGACGACGGGGGCAGCGAGGAGGACAUCGAGAUUCAAUACGACGACCGCGCCAAAGUGACUCCGAUCAAGGCGGUGAGCACGCCCACACCCGCCAAGAAGCAGCCCGACGACGACGCUGACAUCGACGUCGACAUCGACGCUAUCUGAACUACCGCGCUACACACACCACCCCACACCGACACGGACCUACACACACACACACACACGCUCUCACGCUUGACUUCUUUCACGUUUGUCCCAAGAAAACACUGCUAUCACGGAGCAGCUCACUUUGUAAGUUUUAUUGAUCAGCAUUUAUUUGAUUUUCAAACUAGUUCACAUUUCGUUAGAGUUGAAAAUUGCGUUGUUUAAUUUCAUAGUUCAGUUGAUAUCUUGGUUCGUUUUGUAAGUUUUAUUAAUCAGCGUUUAUAGGAUUUUCAAACUAGUUCACAUUUCUGUAGAGUUCAAAAUUGCGUUGUAUAAUUUCGUAGUUCAAUUGAUAUCUCAGCUCACUUAAGUUUUAACAGCGUUUAUAUGAUUUUCAAAUUAGGUCACAUUUCCGUAGAGUUCAAAUUGCGUUGUUUAAUUUCAUAGUUCAAUUAAUAUCUCGUAAGAAGAACGUAAUUUUAAUGCUCUAAAUAUCGACAUCGUUUCUUAUU